AAACAAACAGGAGGAGUUGAGAGGAUUAGCAAGCAUCGAGAAUUGAUCGACACGAUGUCCACCCUCUUCUCCUCCGUCUCUCUCGCCGUGCUGUCGUCCAAUCCUAGUUUCCUGAAGCCGAGCUCCUCGUCAACCAAACUGCAGCUCUUCUUCAGCCAUCAAGAUCACCUAUCCUUCAGCUUCCCGCGCAUGAUUGUUUCGCCUUCAGCUUCCACUAAUCUUACCGUUAGAACUCCUCCUCCUUCUGCCAUCGUCUCGUCUUCUGUGCCUGCCUCCAUGAGUGCUGCUGGUAUUGAUGAAGGAAAGAUGAAGAAACUCAUCUCUGCCAUUACCGGACACCUUGCAAGUUUAGGAGAUGGACUAGAAGACCUCAGCAGCUCCCCGCGGGAUGCUCUGACAAUGGUGGAUGUAAUCGAGCGGCUCGGAAUCCAAAGAUAUUUCCAAGAACAAAUCCACAAAAUCAUACACUUGAGCUACUUGCGAUGGCACGAGCAACUCGGGUUCCAUGACGACGCCGAUGCUACAUUGAUGGGAUUUCGCUUGCUCAGGCUCUUUGGCUACUAUGUCACUGCAGGGAUCCUUGACACGUUGAAAGGUCAAUUUGGAGAUCCCUCCACAUUCAAGGUCGACACCCUUGCUAAAGUUUCAAGCAUGAUCCAUUUGUUCAAAUGCUCUCAGGUGGGAUUCCCUAGUGAAUCGACCAUCAUGGCACAAGUGAAGGAGUUCGCCAGUUUUCAACUUCGUCAAGUCUUUCUAGAAGGAGACCAGUCGCUCCUUAAAGCCAACAAUCUGGACAUGGAGAUAAAAUUUGCUUUGGAAUACCCGAGGAGAUAUUUGCUUCCGAGACUGGAGUCGAGAAUCGUUAUUAACCAGCUAUGGCCUGGCUCUGGAUGUCUAAAUAAGUGCUUACAACUUGCUAAGAUCGACUUAGGGAUGCUCCAAAAGCUACAUCAACAGGAGAUCGCGUCGCUCGAGCAAUGGUGGAAGGAGCAAGAAUGCAGUAAGACAAUUCCCUUUCGAGGAGGAAUUCUGAAGAGCCAUUUUUUAGCUAGCACUUCCAUUUAUGAACCAGAAUAUUCUGCCUAUCGUGCAGCAUUUACCAAGUGCUCUGCCUUCAUCGUCACAAUCGACGACCUAAUGGAUCUUCCAGGCGUGGAUCAUCUUGACAUACUUAAGUUUAACGAAGCUGUUCAAAGGUGGGAUCCUUCUGGCUGUGACGACGUACCCAAGUUUAAAGCAAUACUUUCGAGUUUCCUAGUCACAGUGGAAGACAUGGGCGCCGAAGCAAGCAGAACUCAAGGCCGCGACGUCCUUCCCUAUUAUAAGAGGGCGUGGCAAGAACUCAUCGAGGGGUACACAGAGAAUGCCCAAUGGCGAUCGGAGAGCCGCAUUCCUAGCAUGGAGGAGUACCUAAAGGCAUCGUUGCCCAGCAUCAGCUCCACCGCCAUCGCGCUGAGCUCUCUGCUGAUGCUGCCGGAGCCCAUCUCCGACGAGGCACUGCGACUGACCGGCCCGGGCUCACGCUUCAUGCAUCUCACCAACCUCGUCUGCCGCCUCACGAACGACCUCGGCACCUUUGAGUUCGAGGCCAGAAAUGGGGAGAUUGCCUCGGCGGUGAGCUGCUACAUGAAGGAGCAUGGGUGCAGGCAGGAGGAGGCCAUGGAUGCGUUAGAGGGCAUCAUUCGGUCCUGCUGGUGUGAGCUGGAGUGGGAGUUGUUCAGGUCAAUUCGGGUGCUGCCGGAGUGCUACAGGCGCGGGAUGAUAAGCAUCACCAGGAACUCUGCGUUCGUGUACAAGAGAGGGGACUCCUACUCCCUGGCGGAUGAUAAGGAGUACGCGAUGCUCCUCAGGGAUUAUUUCUUUAAGCCUAUUCAUUGAGUGGCCGAUUGAGAAAAAGUAGACGUAUUCGUGAAGAAUCACUAAUUAAUCGUUUAAUCUUGUGUAGACUAUCAAAAUGUACACACAUUUUGUUGUAGAUGAUACGGAAAAUCACUAAUUAAUCAUUUAAUCUUGGGUA